AGCACCCAGUUUCGACUCAGCUUUGCCAGUCAAAUGAACAGCGGAGCCGCAGUCCCCAUUGGCCAGGCAAACCAGCCAGACGUGGAAUAGUUUUUAUAACGGUUCAACGAAUACCUGCGUAAGGAGGAUAGGCUACAAUAACACACAAUGGACGACGAUACGGAUAUCUUUGACAUAGAUCCCAAGGAAGCUUGGCUGGAAAAGAUAACAAUUGGCGGGCUGCGACGCUGGCACAUUAUUGCCUCUGUUUUGGGAAUACUGAUGAGUCUAAUGAUUAUGGUCUGUUGCUGCAUACGGUUUCGCAUACCGCGCACCAAACAGGAAAUCGAAGCCGAUUAUCAACGCAAGCAGAUAACCAAAAAGUUUCGCGAGAAACUGCAACAGAUUAAAAAUUCCGAAAUGGAUGAUAUGGAUCUGCAGAAAGCACUUGCUUAUAUCAAAUUGGAACAAUACGAUGAUCCCUAGGGAAAUCUCUCCCUCUCUCUCCCCCUCUCUCUGCCUCUCUUUCUCUCUGUAAAUACUCAUUUGCAUAACAUCACCAAAAAGCACCAGAAACUAUCGGAAUAUUAAUAUAUAUAUUACUACUACUAC